AUGAACAGAAAAUUCUCAUUGUCUAAACCUCUAGUGCGAGACUCUAUCAAAAGGGUUUUUCAGGAACAUGAUCAGGCAAUUAGUGACUCCCUUCUCCAUGAAUUAGUGGAAGCUUUGAUGAAAAAUAAUGUUUUUGUCAGUGCCACAUCAGACGGUCCAGAGCUGUCCACUGCUAAGCGCAGGAAAACAUUUGUAAGAAGUAACUACCCUCUGGUAAUGCCAGUGCAGUAUGCUAUAGAUUCCAGUGGACACACAGCAGUGUAUGUGUCAAUACUACAGAUGCUUCAAACAAUGUUUAGCAAUACUGACAUUCUUGAGAAGAUUCAAGAAAACAAACCAUCACCUUCUGGAAUGUACACAACUCAUGAAGAUGGAACAUACUUUAAAGAAAAUCCACUAUUAUCAGAAAGUGGAGAGUUGAAACUUUCCCUGAUUUUGUAUGUGGAUGACGUUGAAUUAGCUAAUCCUUUAGGCACAGCUAGAAAUAUACUAGAAGAAAUACAGGUCCAGUCUGCAUGUCAUUCAGCUAGCUCUGCUAUGCAAAAUACUUAUGCACUCUUGAGUAGGAUGGCGUGUUCAUUGAAACUCUUGGCCAGUGUAUCAGAGGCACUGUAUUGUGUGUGGCAGCGGAUAAUUUGGCUGCCCAUGGUCUUGCAGGCUUUGUCCAGAGUUUCCAAGGAAACUAUACCUGACAUCCAAGCUUCUAGUGUUGCCUUCAUCCAAGUUGACACGCUACCUCAAGUGGCAAAAAACUUCAUAGAGACAAAGACCAGUAGCCAGAGCAUUUACAGUGCACCAAAGGACUCCAUAAGUGGCACAGAGUUUGCAAGAGGGAUGUUUGUUUCAGUUGGUGAGACUGGAGGACUUCCAAAGUUCAGCAGGAUUGAUCACAUACUGCUUGACAUGGCAGCUCAAAAUCUCCUUCUUCAUGUCCAUAUUUCUACUGACAUUGUCAGGAAGAUGACCUUGCCUUCACGUCCAGAGAGUGUAGAUGAGCUGAAAACCAAGAUAAAAGCCAAGUUCCAGCUAGACUUUGACUUUAGCUUAUCUUAUGAAGACCCAGAUUUUGAUGGGCAGUUAUGCUCUUUUGUAGACAUUGAUGAGCUUCCGCAGAAGGCUGUAUUAAAAGUAAUUCCGUGUGAGAGUGAUGGAAGCUCUGUAGCAUCAGAUGAAACCAUCAUACUUCCCCAUGCAAUGACCCCACAGAGACUUGUUCAUAAAAAAAAAGCUGCACGCACAGAGAAAGUGGCCGAAUCCCUUGAUAAGCUCUUAAGUGCUUAUGACCUCCAGGAGCAAGUUGACGUCCAUGGAAGACGUGCGGUUGUUCUCUGUGCUCUUCCUCAUCUGUGCGAGGAUGAGUCCAAGUUCCUGAAGAUGUGGGAUUGUAAGCUUUGUAGCGCAGCCUUUGAUCAACGGGCACACUUCCUUGAACACUAUCGUUUGCGUCACAGCAAUUUGUCCACAGCAAGUCCAUUGCCUUGUCUUUAUGAUCAUUGCAUCUGCACAUUUCAAUCGGUAAAUGCUUUGAAAAUUCAUUUAACACGGCCACAUUCAAAUACAGUUCUGCUAAGCGAAAGUCAAGAAGGAUGUGUGGCAUUCAUCUGCCUGAAGUGUGGAUUUAAGGAGCCAUUCAAUGAAAAAGCACUCCUUAGUCAUUUAAGAUCACAUUUAAAAAAACACGAGAUGAUAGAAUGUCCGUUCAGAAAUGGUCAAUACCGGACUAAUAUCUAUUCUUCAUUCAAUGCACACAGAUGUAGGAGUCAUCCAAAUGGUGACAUCACAGAUUUUAAGAAUGAGGUUGUGCAUACAAACACUGAUGGCCAAUCAGUGCCAACUGAUAUGGAAUCUGAUGAGGGUGAUACCCUUCAGAGUACUCCUAUGUAUAAUCCUCCAGAGUCUAGAGAUGACAAUGGUGCAUUGCAAGCCCAGUUGAGGAACAAUUUGGCUUCUCUGUUUCUGUUUUAUGUAUCAGAGAUGGCUAUACAGAACAUAGUUGAAAACUUGUCACACGUAUUCUCAUUGUCUAAACCUCUAGUGCGAGACUCUAUCAAAAGGGUUUUUCAGGAACAUGAUCAGGCAAUUAGUGACUCCCUUCUCCAUGAAUUAGUGGAAGCUUUGAUGAAAAAUAAUGUUUUUGUCAGUGCCACAUCAGAUGGUCCAGAGCUGUCCACUGCUAAGCACAGGAAAACAUUUGUAAGAAUUUACUACCCUCUGGUAAUGCCAGUGCAGUAUGCUAUAGAUUCCAGUGGACACACAGCAGUGUAUGUGUCAAUACUACAGAUACUUCAAACAAUGUUUAGCAAUACUGACAUUCUUGAGAAGAUUCAACAAAACAAACCAUCACCUUCUGGAAUGUACACAACUCAUGAAGAUGGAACAUACUUCAAAGAAAAUCCAAUAUUAUCAGAAAGUGGAGAGUUGAAACUUUCCCUGAUUUUGUGUGUGGAUGACGUUGAAUUAGCUAAUCCUUUAGGCACAGCUAGAAAUAUAGUAGAAGAAAUACAGGUCCAGUCUGCAUGUCAUUCAGCUAGUUCUGCUAUGCAAAGUACCUGA